UUUUUUCACAUAUUUAAUCUGUAUUAAUCACCUUCACAACUUGCCGCUAGGCUGAAAUACUAUAGGGGAUUUGACUUUUUUGACAUAAAAUAAAUCGUGGUGUAGUAAAUAUGGCUGACGAACUCAAUGUUGACAGUCUUAUUCAUAGGCUUUUAGAAGUUCGAGGAUGCCGUCCUGGAAAGACAGUUCAGAUGUCAGAGUCGGAAGUGAGGGGGCUCUGCACCAAGUCCCGGGAGAUAUUCCUACAGCAGCCCAUAUUACUGGAAUUAGAAGCACCACUCAAAAUUUGUGGUGAUAUACACGGCCAGUACACAGACCUGUUACGUCUAUUUGAAUAUGGCGGCUUCCCGCCAGAAGCUAACUAUCUAUUUUUGGGUGAUUACGUUGAUCGCGGCAAACAGUCUCUCGAAACCAUAUGCCUCUUGCUGGCUUAUAAAAUAAAGUAUCCAGAGAAUUUCUUUCUGCUUCGAGGCAAUCACGAAUGCGCGAGCAUAAAUCGUAUUUAUGGUUUCUAUGAUGAAUGCAAACGCAGGUAUAACAUAAAGUUGUGGAAGACAUUCACAGACUGUUUCAAUUGUUUGCCGAUAGCUGCUAUCAUUGAUGAGAAGAUAUUCUGUUGUCAUGGAGGUCUCUCGCCUGACCUUCAGGGUAUGGAACAGAUCAGAAGGAUAAUGAGACCCACUGAUGUACCCGAUACAGGUUUGCUCUGUGAUCUUCUAUGGUCUGAUCCCGAUAAGGAUGUACAAGGUUGGGGAGAGAAUGAUCGUGGUGUUUCCUUCACUUUUGGACCAGAUGUAGUCAACAAGUUCCUGAACAGACACGAUCUAGAUUUGAUAUGUAGAGCCCAUCAGGUUGUUGAAGAUGGUUAUGAGUUCUUUGCCAAGCGUCAGCUGGUCACACUAUUCUCGGCCCCAAACUAUUGCGGGGAGUUUGAUAAUGCUGGUGGCAUGAUGUCCGUUGAUGAAACGCUAAUGUGCUCCUUCCAGAUAUUAAAGCCAUCUGAGAAAAAGGCAAAGUAUCAGUACAAUGGAAUCAACAGCGGCAGACCGGCGACGCCUCAGAGAUCGCCACCAAAAAAGAAAUAACUGAUGCUUGGCAACCAUUGUACAGCACAGUGAGACGGAUGUUACAAAUAAUUAAUUUAUAUCGAGUAUUAUAAUAACUGUUUCAUGUCGGACAUAGCCGAAUAAGAAUGUGUACUGUCGGAAAUAUAUAUAUAUAUAUAUAUAUAAUUAUCUAUCAAUUUGUGCCUUCCUAUGUUUAAUUUUACUUUAUAUGUGAGUGAUAUUAAUUUAUUUGUUUAGUUUACAGGAGUUUUUGAGCUGGUUUUGAUUUUUAUUCGGCGAUGUCGCGUGAUUGGCUUUUUAGAUCCGACGUUAGCAGCUAUUCAUCCGAUUGCCUCGUGUUAUGGACAUUGAUAUUAUAUUUAGAAAAAUUGUUUUUUUUUUUUUGUUAUGUAAUGAAGUUGAUUGAUGGAAUCUUUAUGAUGGCGGGCAUCGGGGCAAAUCACUAACAAUUGUGUUGUAGUGGAUCGGAAGCACCGUUGCUUUGUUUAUUCUAUAACUAAAUGUGCCUAUAAAUUUAAAUUUAUAUAUAGGUAUUGGAUGUAAGUGACGAGAAUUGGUUAAUUUGAAAAAUUAUUGUUGUUCACUCGGUCAAUUGGCGAUGUCGUUUUAAAAAAACUAAAUUCGUCUGUAACGUUGAUAUCUUGGGUUUUUUGUUUUAGCUUACAUUAUUUAUUGCGACCCGCUUAAAUCUGGCCUAAGACAUGCUAAGAUAUACCGGGUGGCACUGGCAUGUGCUUUCAGUAUAAGUACUGGACCCAUUGAAAAUAUAAGGGAGUGAAUCAGAAGUCCCAGUGAAAUUAUUAUUUUUUUUAUUUUGCACACAGUAUUAAAGUAAUGAAUAAGUAGAUGUUUUCAAAAUUUUGGCAGAUUGCAUGAUCUCCCUAUUGAGGCUUUAACUUCACAAAUUAUGUUAAGUCUCGUUUGUAAUAACUUUAAUGGCGGUAGAAUCAGUGUAGUCCUCGCAACAAUAGUGCAAUUGCUUUAAUAUAAUUAUAUAAAAUAUUAAAAAAUUAUAUGCAGAUAUUGCAUUGUACAAUUUUAUUUUUUAGCUAUGUUAACAAUGUCAAAUAAUAUUCAUUAAUAAAUAUUACUAUAUAAAAUUAA